AUGGAAUUUCGUCAUGAAUGCAAGACCCGGAGUGUAGUCAAUGUAAAGCUGGUCGACUUCCUCCAACGUCAGACCCUUGGUCUCUGGAACAAAGGCGAAGACAAAGAAGAUGGAGAAGACCACACAGCCGAAGAAGACAAAUCCAUAUGCAAAGUGAAUGGCUUUCGAGAUAAAUGGAGUGAAAAAGGCAAUCAGGAAUCCCCAGAUCCAGUUGGCAGACUGGGCAAUACCCAUACCCUUCUGUCUAAUUCUCAAUGGGUAGGUUUCCGAAACAACGACGAAGACACAUGGACCCCACGUGGUGGCGAAGAAGAAGAUGUAGAAACACGAGAGGAAAAUCAUGGCAUCUCCCACGCUCUCGUCUGGAUCCACACCGAACUUGCCCUUGUACAGAGACUUGGUACCGAUGGCUGCGAAAAUGACCAAGCAAACGGCCAUACCGAUAGCACCACCGAUCAGAGUGAAUCUUCUUCCGAAACGGUCAACAACAAACAGCGAGCCGAUGGUGGAGGCAAAGUUGACAACACCAAGGACAAUCGAGGUCUCGAACGAGUCGUUCAGACCCACAGACUUGAAGACGGUGGUACCAUAGUAGAAGAAAUAGUUGUCACCAGACAGCUGCUGCAGAGAUUGCAAGAUCACACCAACCAUCAGUCUGUAGAAAAUCUUUGGCUUACCGGUGACCAGCUCGCCCCACGAUGCGGAACCGGCCUGGCGCUCAAUCUCAAUGGAGUUCAGAAUGAUGGCAGCCUCGUGCUCGACGAACUCGGAGUCGACAGCCACCUUGUUGACCUUGGCCAUCGACCUCUUGGCAUCCUCGAGUCUGUCUUUCUCGAUCAGAUAUCUUGGAGACUCAGGCAUAAACGUCAUACCGAAGAUCAUCAAGAGGGCCCAUGCGAAACACAGACCCAGAGGAAUUCUCCACUGUCUCGAGUUGUCGUAGUUGUGGUAGGUACCGUAGGUCGUGCAGUAACCAAGGAAGAUACCGAGAGUAAUCAUAAGCUGGUAGCUGGAAACAAGAGCACCUCUGACCUCCUUAGGCGAGGUCUCAGAGAUGAACAUUGGACACAGCACAGAAACGGAACCGACGGCCAGACCAGAGAUGAUUCUGCCGAUGAAAAACUGCACCCACGAAGAAACAGAAGCGAUCUGGAUGACAAUACCAACAAUGUAAACCACCAUGGUGAGCAUAAGACCGAUCUUUCUACCCUUGAUGUCUCCGAGUCUACCAAGAGUAAGACCACCGAUAGCACAACCGAUGUUGAAAAUGGAGAUCAUCAAACCGGUUCUCACAUUGGAGAGGUAGUGCUCGCCCUUACCGUUGACUUGACCGAAACGACGCUUGAAAUCUGGCAUGUUGACGAAACCAGAAAUGGUACCGGUAUCCCAUCCGAAGACGAAACCACCGAAAGCGAUCAGUGA